AGACCGUUCCCGGUACAAACCGGCCCGGUACCGGGCCUGCAGCACAGGAGCCCGGUCCAGUCAGUCCCGUCCCAGGGCCCGGUCCAGUACAAGUAAUCUCCCGCAUAAAUCGGAGACCGUUUGCCUACUUUUGUUUUCAACAUAAAUCUGUCGUCCCCGCGCAUUGGAGACUGUGGUUGAACAUCUGAAAACAUAAACACUGAGAAAUGCAAACGGUCUUCAUUGCUCUACAAUGCUGCCAAUGCUGCACCAUGCAGGUGAAGCAGAAGAAGAAGAGCAGCAACAAGUGGGUCUGCGUGGUGUGCAACCAGAAGCAGUCCGUACGGAAGGUGUUCGCUCAGGGGUUCAUGGCAAAGGAUAUUCGGAAGUUCGUCCAGAACUUCAACAUGUCCCGCCAGCUCUCUGAUCAACAAUUCCAUCUCCCUGAACACCAAGAGCCCCGAACCCUAGACACAGAAGCCCCCUUUCCUAGCAACCCCAACAACAAGAGAACCGAUUGGACCGAGUACCUGGAUUUGGAGGGCGAAUCAGUUGAAAAAGAUGAUGAACAAUCAACAGAGGAGGAAAAUGAGACAAGGAUAGUGACAGAGCUUCCAAAGGCAAUGUUCAAAAGGCCCAAGUUCAGCAAUUACACUGCAGGAUCACAAUCUGACAGGGAAAAGCGUUUCCGGCCAGUCUUUUCAAAAAGGAAUGCCAGAAAACACAGCACAUUGCAGGAUGAAGAUGUAGGACCAAUGUCAAAGAGUGCUCUUGAAUGGGAAGAUGGCACACUAGAGUCUCAAGAUACUCCGUCUUGUUGCUCUACAAAAAUGGUUGCCAAAUCAAACAUGUAUUUUGUAAACGAAGAGCCUAACAAGGAGAGUCUGGUCACAGCAGCGAAGGGAGCCAUCUCCAAGUGGAGUGAGUACUUGACAAUAGAUGAUGAUUGAUGAUGCCGGUAAAUUGGAUUCUGGAAGUGGGAGAAUCCUUACCACUUUCUAGUGAUUUAGUAUUGAAGUAAAUAAAUAGUCAAAUGGGUCCACUUUUGGGUCAGAUUUUGGUGGAUUUUGAUUCUCCUUCAGAGGAUUAAUUUGUUCUUUUUACCUAGAACAUAAUAUACUGUUAUAGAAUGCUUCCAUAGCGUACUGGUACAAAGUGUUUCUUUAUCAUGCUGCAGGAGCAAGGUGACCUUUCUGUUUCACCUUUCUCAACCAUACAGCAGACCUCUGUUAAAGUUCUGCUUGUUUGGUUUGAGCCUUGGUCAGGUCAACGGAACCACUAUGUUGUUCUGUGAAGCGCUACCUCAAUGCUGCCAUUCUGUCCCUAGUGUUACGUUAAUGCCUCCAUUCUUUCCAUUUUCCAACCAUUCUAUGCAUUAUUUACUUCACAU